AACCCAAACAUAGUUUUAGAAACACGUCAUACCCAAGAUGGUCGUGGCCCAAUUUCGGUGUCUUCAAAUUCUCCCUGUUCUUUAUUUCUGCGAGUUUUACCACUCAUUUUUACAAAUUACACUUCUAUGCAUAUCCAGAAGUAAUUCUGGCGUGGUUUCAUAGUUCUAAACGCGUCAGAAGUGUUGUUUAAAGACGUCGAAGUUGCGAGUCUUGUGGUCUAUUUUUGGUUGUUUUGGAGUUGGUGGCUCGAAGCCCAGAAUGGCGGGUGUGUGGCAGAAGCCUUGUUGGCGGCUGGUGUUCAGUACUGCCGUACUGGUCAGGUCUUUCCACGUCUGUAUAACAACAGGGGUGGUGUCGCUGUUAUUCUCUAAGGACACAGCUCUAAGACAACAGUGGAUAUCAGGUGAAUACCUGGUACCAUGUGUAUACCUGGCCCUGGUGUUCCUGAGUUUAGUACUGUAUGCAGCCGUGUGCUCUAUGGACCCUGGCUUUGUCAGUCUGACAAGCAACAGAUAUGCCAUCAGGAAAGAGAGACAGUGUGUGGAAUCAGCCAGUGAAGAAGAUGAUAGCACCUCUGCUACAGAGACAAGUGUGAUGAUUGAACCAGACAUUGGUGUUAAACCCAGAGUCAAACUCAGGAACUGUGGGUUUUGUGGAAUACAGCAACCAAUCCGAGCGAAGCACUGUGAGCAGUGCGGGUUCUGUAUCCACCGGUUUGACCACCACUGUCCGUGGUUCGAGACCUGUAUCGGGGAGAGGAACCACAGAUUCUUCUGGACCUUCUUACUGGUGGAGACUUCACUGGUGGGCUGGACUGUUCACCUGGUCUGGACUGCCUUUGUGUAUGAGGCAAGCUGGAGCAGCUGGCUUGUGUCCAACGGCCUGUACCUUGUGGCCAUGUUUGUGUUGGUGUUGGGAGGUACAGCCACCUUCCUCCUGGUAGCCUCACACACAUACCUGAUCGGUAUCAACCUCACAACAUGGGAGUUCAUGUCAAGGCAUAGGAUCACCUAUCUGAAGGACUACCACGGAGAUGAGAACCCGUUUGACGAGGGUUUGCUGAAGAACCUGUGGAAGUUCUUUCUGCACCUGCGGCUGAAGGACUGGGGGAUGUACCUGAUGAACAGGCCAGCUAAAUCACUAGGCAGGGCAUAGACACCUCGCCAGGGCAUCACUAGAUCCUGUACAUGUAUCCUCAAUAGGGUGUUGUGAACUCUGGGAGGUUCACACCCCACCUGAGCAAACCUGUCAGAUAGAGUUGAACUUGACCUAUGCAUUUUAGGUCAGAUAAAAUCAGGACAUAAACCAGGCCAUACAAAAUAACAUGCCCCAAGGUUGUGGUCAAUUAAUUGAUCAUCAUGGGGUUGUGGCUACUGGGUUCGAGAAACGCCGUCAGAAUCCCACCCAAGAACGUACAGCACAGUAGCUGUUGGGAUUGGAAAGAAAUUUUCAAAAAAGUUGUAAACAAAAAGAAACUGAACAAAAGGCUGUCUGUCAUGUUGAUCACAUCAGCCAUUGGCAUUGAUACCAAAUGUGACAUAGAUCUCAAUCCAUAUAUAUAGUUGGUCCUAUGGUCGUCAUCAGGCAGAAUCAAUCUGGCAUUGAGAGAUCUUAGGUCCCCUUGAUCAGUUGUUUAACGUGCCAGCAGGGCACAGGGCCGGGUUAUUGUACAGGCAGCUAGAAGGCGAGGCCAGCAGACAAGUUAAUGUCUUGUCUAAUGAUGACGGCGCUGAUGUCAAGAGACUGAAAGUCAGGCUCGUGAAGGCGUUUGGGGACACCGCCCCUGUGUCAGUGAUCAUAGACCAGUUCUACUACCAUAUUUGCCCGACAAGAAUUAUUGAAGCGGACGGAUUGACGAAAGGGCAAGCCAUUGGACGAUAAUGACGGCAUUCUAAGAGACAGGUCUUUAGAUGGGAUCAGGGACGAGUGGCUUUGCUGUCAGUUAGGAAGUCAUGAGAGCCCCUGAGAUAAUCCUAGAACAUUUCGAGAAGUGAAAGACGAUGCAUUUCAUCUGAGUGGAGAAUGGGAGGCAAGCGGAAAUUCUGUUCAGGCCAAGCAGAUGUUUAUGGGAAGCAGACCAACGAGGAAUGAUACUUUCUACUUGUAUCAUCUUGUUCUUUCUAUCUGAAUGGUCGUCAGUGCCAUAAAAAGUAUUGACUAUUUGUGAUAGUCAGUAAUUUACAUACUGUAAAAUCACAAAAAUCUGGAGCAGUGCAGUUGCCUGUGAAUGCUAUAAUGGGAUUAACAAUGUUUUCCAAGCAGCACAACAGAAUCGCCUGCACCACUGACUAAAAGUCACGUACAGUCACUUAAAAAUAAAAAAGUGGUUGUAAUUUCUCAGGAAAUGCCCUUCUUUUGACAUGUCGUUGUUAAAGGAAAAGUGGCUGUAGAUAUGUGCCAAAACUUGUUAAACCUUGUACUGAAGAAUUGGUAAUGCUUGGUCUUCCCUAUUUUAGCCAUUUGGGAAAGUCUGUACAUUUAGGAAAUCUUAGUGUUGUACAUUUGUACCAAGCUAGCCUCUACCAGGCUCUGUGGAUCGGUGGUCAAGUAGUAGAAAUUGGCCAAUAGAGUCAAUAGUACGCCAGGGGAGCCGGUCGGCCAGAGGAGUCAUUUCUGAGGCCAAUCAGCUCCUACUACUAGUACUAAAAGUUUUUUAGCUAACUUGGCCAAAGUCCCCUAUAAUUAUUCAGCCAAGUAGGAGUCUGGUAGAGACUACUUACCAAGCUAUUACUCUCUAGAAAAGUCUGUUCAAGACUGUUUUACUGCUUCUUAAAUAUUUACCCAAGUGGCUGGAAGCAAAGAUACACAUAGAAGACUCUCUGCAAGAUAAGAUGUGAAUCUUACAUAACUGCAUAUGUUUUCAAUGUGUGAAAAGGGACCAAGUUUAUGUAACUGCACUUCAUUUUGCAAUAAAAUCAGUUUACACUACA